AUGCCAGGGACGCUUCUGCCCCCGAGAUCCCACCGGCAACACGCAGAGAUGGAUCGAUCAUCGGCUUCCGGGCCUGAUCUGUAUUUGAUCGCCGACCAGGACACCGUCUACGAGCAAGAUCUCAUCCGGGACCCCGGCAGUAUCAAACCAUGGCUUUCCUACAUCGAAUACAAGCAACAACAUGGGACACUUUACGAACAAGCUUUUGUAAUGGAGCGUGCCUGUAGGCAGCUACCGAGAUCUUACAAGCUCUGGAAGAUGUAUCUCGAAUUUAGAACAAGUCAUCUUCGUGGUCGCAAUGCGACCAAAUAUCGGGCUGAAUACCAGAAAGUGAAUGCGCUUUUCGAGCGCGCACUUAUCCUCCUCAACAAGAUGCCCCGAAUAUGGGAAAUGUAUCUUUCCUUUAUGCUGCAACAACCUCUUGUCACACAGACCCGACGGACAUUCGACCGCGCGCUUCAAGCUCUGCCUGUUACCCAACAUAACCGGAUCUGGAAACUUUACAAGGCGUUCGCGCGCUCCGCUUCUGGUCAGACUGCGGUGAAGAUUUGGGCUCGGUAUAUGCAAAUUCACCCGGAAAAUGCGGAGGAAUAUAUCGAGCUUUUGGUUGAGAUGAGAGAGUAUACAGAGGCCGUGAAACGGUACAUGGACAUCCUCGACGACCCGCGAUUCCAGUCGAAAGAAGGGAAAAGCCAUUUUCAGCUAUGGACUGAGAUGGUCGACCUACUAGUUUCCAAGGCCAAACAGAUUAAUACUGGGCCGCAGGUUGGCAUUGAUGUCGACGCCAUCCUGCGUAGCGGGAUUGAUAGAUUCGCCGACCAGCGAGGAAAGUUAUGGGCCGGAUUAGCGACAUACUGGAUUACGAAAGGUAACUUCGAGAAGGCAAGAGAUGUCUUCGAGGAGGGUAUCCUCACUGUCAUGACAGUUCGCGAUUUCACUCUUAUCUUUGACUCCUACGUUGAAUUUGAAGAAUCGAUCAUUGGAAGCCUGAUGGAGGCGGCCGCAGUUCGUGCUGACAAGGGAAAGACCGACGAAGAUGCCGAUUUUGACCUCGACCUGCGAAUGCUGCGAUUCGAACAGCUCAUGGAUCGACGGCCGUUCCUAGUCAACGAUGUACUCCUGCGACAGAACCCCAACAACGUCAUUGAAUGGGAAAAGAGAGUAGCUUUGUGGGGCGACAACAAGCAAGAAGUUGUCAAUACUUACACAGCUGCCAUCGCAGCGAUCAAUCCCAAGAAGGCACACGGCAAGUUCUCCGAGCUUUGGGUCAAUUACGCCAAAUUCUACGAAAACGGUGGCGAUCUAGACACAGCACGAGUCAUAUUCGAGAAGGCCGUCAAAGUUCCCUACAAAUCGGUCGCAGAAUUGGCUGAGACCUGGUGUGAAUGGGCAGAAAUGGAAUUGCGGGCCGAGAACUUUGACAGAGCAGUUGAAGUCAUGGCCAAAGCUACGCAAGCGCCCAAGAAAUCCACCGUGGACUAUUUCGACGAGACUCUUUCGCCUCAGCAGCGUGUCCACAAGAGUUGGAAGCUGUGGAGUUUCUACGUCGACCUGGUUGAGAGUGUUGCCUCCUUGGAGGAGACGAAGAACGUCUACGAGAGAAUCUUCGAGCUACGCAUUGCGACACCCCAGACUGUCGUCAACUACGCCAAUCUGUUAGAGGAGCACAAAUACUUCGAGGACUCUUUCAAGGUCUACGAACGAGGACUGGAUCUCUUCAGCUAUCCGGUUGCGUUUGAGCUUUGGAACCUCUACCUGACCAAAGCCGUGGACCGAAAAAUCGGAAUCGAAAGAUUGCGUGACUUGUUCGAGCAGGCUCUGGAUGAAUGUCCUCCCAAGUUCGCCAAAUCUUUGUACCUGAUGUACGGUAACCUCGAAGAAGAGCGCGGUCUUGCACGACAUGCGAUGAGAAUCUACGAACGCGCUACUCGUGCAGUAUCUGACGAGGACCGCUUCGAGAUGUUCGAAUUCUACAUCACGAAAUCCGCCUCGAAUUUCGGAUUGACCUCCACCAGACCGAUCUACGAACGGGCUAUCGCGGCUUUGCCUGACCAGGAAGCCAAGGAAAUGUGCCUCAAGUUUGCCGAGAUGGAGCGACGACUGGGUGAAAUCGAUCGGGCCCGUGCCAUCUACGGACAUGCAUCGCAGUUCUGCGAUCCUCGUACCAAUGCCGCUUUCUGGCAGAAAUGGGAGGCGUUCGAAGUCCAGCACGGAAACGAGGACACUUUCAAGGAAAUGCUUCGUAUCAAACGAAGUGUACAGGCGCAAUACAACACCGAUGUCAAUUUCAUCGCGUCGCAGGCAAUUGCCCGUAGCCAACAGCGCCCUCAAGAAGGCGGCGAAGAGGAAGGGGAGAUGGAUGGUGCAAAGGAGAAGGCCGAUGUCAUGGCAGCUCUGGAGCGACAAGCACGCGCUCCGGUAGGUUUUGUCGCUGCCAGUACUGGGCCUGAGGGUGGUAACCGACCUCCCGCUGCUGGCCAAGAGCAGCAACCGUCCGCCCCUGUCAACCCGGACGCUAUCAACCUCGAUGAUGACAUGGAUGAAUAA